AUGUUUUAUUGGUUGGUCUCUGUUGUUUCAGAGAGACAGUGUGCAGCUUGUCAGAAGGGCUGGUUACUCAGAGACUCUAACUGCUAUGCGUAUUUUAACGCUGCUCCUCCUAAUCAGAAAACCUGGGAAGAAGCUCGACAAAACUGCAGAGGAAGGAGUUCAGAUUUGGUUGUUGUACAAAGUCAAACGGAUCAGGAUAUACUCAAUGCAGUCAGCUCAGGUAGUUCAGGAACUGCUGGAUACUGGUUUGGUCUGAGAGCUGAAGGAGGGAGAUGGAAGUGGAUUGAUGGAAGUAAUCUGACUGAAAGCUACUGGACACCACAGCCUCCUCCUCCUGCUACUGACGGUCAGUGUGUAAUGUCUGUCCAGAACUAUAACUGGAUAUCAGUGAGCUGUGGUGAGAAAAAAAGAUGGAUCUGCAAAAUGAAGGCUUUAUCUGUUUAAACACAGCAGUCAGACUCUGCAUGAUAAUAUCAACUGGCUUAUAAAUA